CGGAGGAGAAAGAGCCACGAGAAAGAGUGCAAGCUCCACCAAUGGAGGAGGAAGCCAAGUCUGAACACGUAGUUCUCUUCCCCUUCAUGGCUCAAGGUCACAUCACCCCUUUCCUCGCCCUCGCCGGCCUCCUUUCCAGCCGCCACCCCAACCUCGCCGUCACCCUCGUCAACACCCCUUACAACAUACAAACCCUCACUAAAUCCCGUGCCGGCGCCGCCAUACCGUCUUCCAUCCGACUUCGCUCCCUCCCCUUCUCCCCCGAAGAACACGGCCUCCCUCCUGCCGCCGACAACACAGCCGAACUCCCCUUCUUCCAAAUCGUCACCCUCUUCGAAGCUUCCAAGUCUCUCCGAUCCGCCUUCGAGCAAAUCAUCUCCGACAUUUCGGAGCAAGACGGCCGCCCUCCGCGCUACAUAGUGUCGGACAUCUUCUUAACGUGGACCAUCGAUACCGCCCGCCGCUUUGGGUCUUUCCACUCCAUAUUCGUCACCAGCAGUGCUUACGGCACCGUUGUCUUCUCGUCGAUGUGGAAACAUUUGCCCCAUAGACGCGCCGACUGCGGUGAUCUGUUUCCGCUUCCCGACUUCCCCGACGUCCUCAUCCACCGCUCGCAGAUCCCGAAGCACCAACUGCUCGCCGACGAUGCCAGUCCCUGGACGGUCUUCCUCCGCGAGCAGACAUCUCGUUUUUCGGAAACCGAUGCUGUGCUCAUCAACACCGUCGAAGAGGUGGAGCGCAGAGGGCUGCAGAUGAUGCGCCAAAUGCUUCCCUGCUCCAUUUGGCCGAUUGGUCCCCUGCUAUCCUCUGUUUUGCCCUCCAUUUCAAGCGGCGGCGGCGGCGGCGAGCAGAUCAUCCAAUGGCUCGAUUCUCAACCGCCGGCGUCCGUUUUGUACAUCUCGUUCGGUUCGCAGAACACGAUUACAGCGUCACAGAUGAUGGAGCUGGCGACUGGUUUGGAGGCGAGCGGGGUUCGUUUCGUGUGGGUCAUCCGGCCGCCAGUUGGAUCGGACGUGAAGAGCGAGUUCGAAGCAGAGUGGCUGCCGGAGAAGUUCGAGGAGCGGAUGCAGGCGCAGGGGAGGAGUCUGCUGGUGCACGGAUGGGCGCCGCAGAUGGAGAUCUUAUCUCACCCGGCCACCGGCGCGUUCUUGAGCCACUGCGGGUGGAACUCCGUGCUUGAGAGCUUGAACCGAGGCGUCCCGAUGUUGGCGUGGCCGCUGACGGCGGAUCAGUUCUUCAACGCGAAUAUGCUUGAGAAGGAGCUGGGGGUGUGCGUGGAGGUGGGGAGGGGGAACAUGGAGAACUCCAUGGCAGACAGGGUAGCGGUGGAGAGGAUGGUAAAGGAGGUAAUGUGCGGGGGAGAGAUUGGAGGGGAGAUGAGGAGGAGGGUGGAGGAGGUUCGAGAAUUGAUGAAAGCGGCGUGGAUGGAAGGACUCGGGUCGUCGCUGAGAGGUUUAUCCGAGUUCUUCCGAGCCGCCGCCGCCGCCGACAGACGGCGUUGACCGGCCGCAGGAGCGAUGUUCCCAAGGUCAGGCUCGAUUGACCUAAUCCUUGAUAGAAGCAGCCGCGUAAAAUCGAAUGGCCUAUUCGGUGUUUUAAUGAUAAAAAAAAAUUAUUAUGAAAUUAUUUUUUCAACAGCGGUUCAUGAUAAAAACGCACUUAUUAAAAUUUUUGAAAUCUCCCUCUCAAUCGAGUGAAAACCCUGUGGGUCAUCCGAGAUGACAUGAGAUAAAAGUUACUGUAAAAUAGUUGUCGGGUCAAAACUCAAUGAUAACGGGAGAAUAAAUCUCCUAUCCCUGUAUCCCACUUGGUCCGUCCCAUUUUAACUCGAGUGUUGCGAUUUAUCUUUCUCACAAUGACCAUGGGUCCGAUCGAUGGAGGCUCUGGGGGCGAGGAUUUCAUUUUUUUGCUACAAGUAAAAGCGAUAUUAAUUAAUUAAGAUCACUCGAUUAGAUAUCAACCAUACAUAUCUCAAUGGUCAUGAGAUUUAUUUAUUUAUUUUUUUGCCAUCAU